AUGAAUCUUGCUUUGGUUGCAAAAAUUGGAUGGAGGCUUUUGCAAGAUGACCAGUCGUUGUGGGCGCGGGUGGUAAGGAAAAAGUAUAAAGUAGGUGACUUGCAUGAUCGAAGUUGGCUAGCUCCGAAGGGUACAUGGUCGGUGCUUUGGCGGGGUGUAGCGAGAGGCUUGAAGGAGGUCAUAUGGCCAGGUCACCGUUGGGUUAUCGGGGAUGGAGGUCAGAUUAAGUUUUGGUUGGAUUCUUGGCUCUUGGAGGAACCCCUGAUACACAGAGCCACUGGGGAUGUCCCGGAAGAGGCGCAGCGUUGGUUAGCAAAGGAUGUUUGGAAGAAUAGUGUGGGUUGGGAUCUGACGACGAUAAACCCCUAUGUACCAGAGAAUCUGAAGUUGGAACUAAUGGCAGUGGUCUUGGAUCAUGUUACGGGGGCUAUAGAUCGGAUAUCUUGGAAGGGUAGCUCGAACGGAGAGUUCUCGGUGUCAUCGGCUUAUGCGUUAAUCACGAUGGAUGAGCAACCCCGGCAGGACAUGACGCGCUUUUUUGAACGGGUUUGGAGAGUGGUUGCUCCACAAAGGGUGCGUCUGUUUAUUUGGCUUGCUAGUCACCAAGUCCUCAUGACUAAUGUGGAAAGGAGACGGCGACACUUGAGUGACUCGGCGGUUUGUACGGUUUGCAAGGGAGACUUUGAAACCAUCAUACAUAUACUCCGGGAUUGCCCAGCUAUGGCGGGAAUCUGGGAGAGGAUCGUGCCGUAUCGUACAAGGCAGGUUUUCUUCCAAUCUUCUCUCUUGGAAUGGCUUUAUGACAAUUUGCAGGCUGACGUUGUGGUCAACAAUGUCCCCUGGUCCACGACUUUUGCGAUGACUGUUUGGUGGGGAUGGAAGUGGAGGUGUGGUAAUAUCUUUGGCGAGAACAAGAGAUGCAGAGAUCGGGUUCGGUUUGUGACAGAGCUUGUGGCGGAGGUGUGGCAAGCUAAUCAGGUGGUCCGUGGCAAUACGGGCAUGAGAGCAAGAACUGAGAGGCAGAUUGGAUGGCAUGCGCCCGCUGAAGAGUGGCUCAAACUAAAUACAGAUGGCGCAUCGCAUGGUAACCCUGGACUCGCUACAGCCGGAGGAGUGAUUAGAGACGGUAAUGGGCAGUGGUGUGGAGGCUUCGCACUGAACAUUGGAAGAUGCUCUGCACCUCUAGCGGAAUUAUGGGGAGUUUACUAUGGUUUGGUAGUGGCGUGGGAGAAGAAGAUACCAAAGUUGGAGUUGGAGGUGGAUUCAGAGUUAGUGGUAGGUUUUUUGACGAAGGGGAUACAAGACUCACACCCUCUAUCGUCCCUGGUACGUUUGUGCCAUGGCUUCUUGUCGAAGGACUGGACAGUCCGCAUUACUCAUGUGUUUCGUGAAGCUAACCGUCUCGCAGACGGGCUGGCGAACCUCGCUUUUUCGUUUCCCCUAGGCUUUCAUUUGAUUGACUUUGUACCAUCAUCGCUUGAGUCGAUCCGAUGGGAAGAUGAGAUUGGGACUACGCGUCCGAGAGAUGUAAUAGUGUGGGAACUUUUUUGUUUUUAA